GAGGCUUCACCGCCGGGGACCCGCCUCUCGAGCCGAGCCCAGCCGAGGAGGAGGAGGAGGCGGCGGCGGAGGAGCGGAGCGGCCGGGCGAGCGAGGCCGGGGAGCCAUGAACGGCAGCCGCAGCGAGAGCGACUGGCAGGGGCUGGUGGGCGAGUACCUGGUGUGUAAACGGAAACUGGAGAGCAAGAAGGAAGCGCUCCUCAUUCUCUCGAAGGAACUUGAUUCGUGUCAGCAGGAAAGAGACCAGUACAAGCUUAUGGCUAACCAACUACGGGAAAAGCACCAAUCGCUAAAAAAGAAAUACCAAGAACUAAUUGAUGGCGAUCCGUCUCUUCCUCCGGAGAAAAGAAAACAGGCAAAUCUCACGCAGCUGCUGAGCGAUUCCCGGGAUCGAAAUAAACUUUUAGGGGAAGAGAUCAAAGAACUGCAUCAAAGACUGGGAGAAGUGCAGGGUGACAACAAGCUUCUUCGGAUGACAAUUGCCAAGCAAAGACUGGGAGAUGAAGAAGUUGGAGCCCGUCAUUUUGCGCCCCACGAGCGUGAAGAUCUCGUGCAGCAGCUGGAGAAAGCACGAGAACAAAUGGAGACUCUGCAGCUUGAUCUUCAGGCGUCGUUGGAUGAGCUGCAGGAUGUGAGAGAAGAGCGUUCGUUUUACCAGGAUAAAUCAGAAAAGUUAAACCAGGAGCUGAACCAUGUUCUCGGAGGACACGUUGACCGCAUUAUUGAUAUAGAUGCUCUCUGUAUGGAAAAUAGAUACCUUCAUGAGCGAUUAAAACAAGUUCAAGAAGAGGUUAAUAUUCUGAAAUCGAACAUUGUGAAAUACAAGAACGCUCUAGAAAGAAGGAAAAAUUCGAAGGGUCACAGCAAAUCAAACAGCAGCGCCCUGACUGGAAUCCUUUCUGCAAAGCAAGUGCAAGAGCUGUUAUCCGAAGAUCAUGGCUGUAGUUUACCGGCAACGCCUCAGUCCAUUUCUGAUCUUAAAUCCUUGGCUACUGCUUUAUUGGAGACCAUCCAUGAGAAGAAUAUGGUCAUCCAGCACCAAAGACAAACCAACAAAAUUUUAGGCAACCGGGUGGCCGAGCUGGAGAAAAAACUGAGAACUUUAGAAGUUUCUGGCUUAUGGAGUCUCCCAGGUGGCAAGGAUACUAUUACCUUUAGUGAACCGGCUGUCCCUGCGAUCCAGAGGUCACGAUCCCCAUUACGAGCAUUCGUUGAGAAGCCACAGCAUAACCUAGAAGAAGAUCAACCAAGGCAGGCGCCCAUCCCGUGUCCUGCUAAAAGAGAAUGGAGAAUGGGAGAAACCGCUGUCCUUUCAGAUGAUUUGCACGGAAACCCAAAGAGCGGUCCUCAAGCCAACGACCGCCACUCCUCCUUGUCCCAGUUGCUGUCAGAAGUAGACGGCACGAGUAGUCUUGAGAAGGACGGCAUGAAGGCGGCCAAAGAUCUGUCAACCGUGGAACUGGAGGAUGGAGGAGCAGAAGAUCCGACAGACGAACAAGACGGAAGCCCUGCAGAACUGGACGGUUUCGUUGCAGGGGAUUCUCCCUUGUCUCCCAACCCUCCUGCCUGGAGCUCCAAAGAAGCGCCCGAGCUCGAGAAGAAACCUCUGGGUGACAUCCAGACUGUGGAAGAACUGACCGGCGCCCAGGAAAACAGGGUCGCAUUGUGUAGCUGAAAACGACCAAAGUAAAAUACGUGACCAGGCUGGAUGUUAGAGAUGCUCCAAAGUUAAUUCUGUCAUCUUCAGCCUUCUUUGAGUUACAUUCCAAAUGAAAGACCUUAAACUAUGAAGGUGGAAGAUGAUAAUUUCUUCUUCUUCUUCUUCUUCUUCUUCUUCUUCUUCUUCUUCUUCUUCUUCUUCUUCUUCUUCUUCUUCUUCUUCUUCUUCUUCUUCUUCUUCUUCUUCUUCUUCUUCUUCUUCUUCUUCUUCUUCUUCUCCUCCUCCUCCUCCUCCUUCUCCUCCUCCUCCUCCUCCUCUUCUUCUUCUUUCUCUUCCUCCUCCUCCCUCCUCCCUCUUUGUCCUCCUCCUCUUCUCCUCCUUUCUCCUUUUUCUCCUCUUCCUCAUCUUUCCCCUUCUCCUUUUUAUUCUUUCUCCUCUUUCUCCUCCUCCUUUCUUUUCUUCCUCCUCCUCCUCCUCCUCCUCUUCUUUUCCUCCUCUUUCUCCUCUUUCUCCUGUUCUUCUUUCUCUUCCUCCCUCCUCCCUCUUUGUUCUCUUCCUCUUCCUCCUUCUCCUCCUCCUUUCUCCUCCUUCUCUUUCUCCUUUCUCCUCCUCUUCCUUUCUCUUCCUUCUCCUCCUUCUCCUCUUCUUCUCCUCCUCUUUCUCCUGUUCUUCUUUCUCUUCCUCCUCCUCCCUCCUCCCUCUUUGUCCUCCUCCUCCUUUCUCCUCCUCAUCUUUCUCCUUCUCCUUUUUAUUCUUUCUCCUCCUCUUUCUCCUUUCUCCUCCUCCUUUCUUUUUUUCCUCCUCCUCCUUUCUCCUCCUCUUCUUCUUCUCCUCCUCCUCCUCCAACUCCCUCUUAGUGAACAUUUUGACCUUAUUGUCAUGUUCUCUAUCUUGACGUUUUCUCCAUUCUGCCUUUUCGUUUCUCAGAGGUGGAUGUGGUUCCUCCAGUCAACACUACAAUGCAUACAAAAUAAAUAAAUAAAGGCAUAAAUACAAUCCACCUGUAAAUAAUUACAAUGAAGGGAUGGUGUGAGAAUGGUUAAGAUCCUAGAUCCUAGAUUCUGGCCUCUUCCGUUUGCUCUUCCGGUGGUGUUAAUCAGAAAAGAGAAUAUUUGUAACUCAGGGUUGAAAUGAGGGGUCCUGCGUACUCUCUGAGCUUGGUGGGUUUCGUUUUGUUUUUCCAGACAUUUCAUUACCAAACCGGGUAACAUCAUCAGUACAGUAGCAGUGCACAUCUGCAGGAAAACCACCAAGCUCACAGAACAGCAGGAACCCCGAGGGACAAAUAUUCUCUUUUCUGAUGAACACUACCAGAUAAAAUGACAUAAAUAAUAAUAGGACUUGGUGUUCCUCCAUUUGUUUAUGUAAUUUCUUUCUCUCUCUUUUUUUUCCGGUCUCUCUGCAGAAUGUAUAUUUUAUCUUUGCAGAAUGUAUAUUUUUGGCAUGGCGCCUGCUUGAAUGUAUAUUAAGAGAUUUAAAUGUCAGGAAGGAGGGAGGAGGAUGAAUAUUGGACUCGGUUGAACCGACAGAAUCAGAAACAAUAAAAUGCAAAGGCAUCUGCGA